UAUCCGGUGGUUUGCAUUUUGAAGGGAAUGAGAAAAAGCUUAUGGCUACCCUUUCGCUCACUCUCAACUGUUGGAGUACCCUGGAACAUCCCCACACCACUCUCCCUCGCACUCGCAGGAGUAGAUAUAGCACGUGCUCUUUUGCCAAGAAAUCAUUGAAGAAAUCCAGAAGAGAUGGACCCGCAGCAUCUGGAGAUCUCUUGGAUGAUAAAAUUGUUCAAAAUGACGAGUUGAACGCUUCUCUUAAUCCAACUGCUCAGAAUUCCAACCCUUUACCUUCCAGGAGUGCUGUGCUUCAAGCUUGCUUAAUAACUUCUGGUCUCGUAGCUGCUCUGGGCAUAGUGAUUCGGCAGGUGUCUCAUGUUGCGUCAGUGGAAGGAUUGCCAGUCUUGGACAGCUAUUCCGAAGUAUCAUAUGGUUUUGAAAUGUGGCAUCUUGAGCUGAUUACAGGACUUGUCGUAUUAAUAUCAUCAUGUCGCUAUUUGCUAUUGAAAACAUGGCCAGAUUUUGCUGAGUCUAGCGAAGCAGCCAAUCAGCAGGUCCUUAGCUCACUUCAGCCUUUGGAUUAUAUUGUCGUUGCAUUUUUGCCUGGUAUUAGUGAGGAACUACUUUUCCGAGGAGCGAUUCUUCCACUUUUGGGAAUGAACUGGAUUAGUAUUGGGGUUGCCGCCUUGAUAUUCGGUGUUUUACACCUAGGCAAUGGUCGAAAGUAUUCCUUUGCCAUCUGGGCAACCUUUGUUGGUCUUGCAUAUGGAUAUGCUACAAUUUUAUCCUCUAGUGUUGCGGUUCCCAUGGCUUCUCAUGCAGUGAACAACCUAAUUGGAGGACUUUUAUGGCGUUACACAAAUACACCAAACAAGAAAUUAAACGAGUGAUUGCCAUCUUCAUGGAUAACACACCACAUCUCUAAACAUCUAACGUAUGUGCCCCUGGUUUGAUGUAUAUGUGACAUAGAAAUCAUAGGAAAAUAAUCCAACAAGUUUGUGUUUGUUUGCAAAUGCAGCAACUAAUAGCAGCUCUGCUCUCUCCUCCGUUGUUUAAGGAAAAAUUGAUGUUUGUAUAUUAAACAUUAUAAAUAGAUUUCUGUUGUAAUCCUCUGAAAAUCCAUUUUUUUGUAAUUUAUUUGCCGUAAAUAGAUAACUGUAAUUUGUAAUAGGAACUUUCUUGUUACCAAUUUGUAUUUGUUGGUCUCCCA